AUGGAUUAUGCAACUGUAAUUGACCAAGCUGUGAAACAGUUUUAUGCAGAAGGAAAUAACGAUGUACAUUCAUGGCUUCUCAGGGUUCAAGCCUCUCCAGAAGCUUGGACUUUUGUUUGGGAACUUCUUGAUCCUUCCAAGUCAAGAGAAGCACAGUUUUAUGCAGCUAGCACAUUACAUGCAAAAAUUUCCAAACAGUGGGAUGAAGUGCCCAAGAGUGAAUAUCCAGUUUUACAGGAGCGUAUAAUAAACUUUAUGAAGCAGCCAAAUAUGCCAAAGGUUGUUCUAUCCAAACUUUGUCAGGCGUUAGCUGGAUUUGUAGCAAAUACUAGUGCAAUUGUAGAAAAUGAUGAUAAGGAUAAAAAUGUUGUAGAUGAACUGAUGAGGAUGUUAUCAUAUGAUUCUCUUCCUAUGUUGGAAUUAUUGUUACGUACACUUUCUGUAUUACCUGUAGAGUUUGAAAGAAGACAUGAAGUAAGACGAGCUAAAUUACAUGAGUGUUUAGUAAAUGGCUGGUGCAAGACAACUUGGCUUUUACAACAAGUUUUUUUAAUAUGUAAUCCAAAUUUUCAAGACACUGAUAAUGAUAUGCACUUAUUAGCUAUGGAAUGUGCAUUAUGUUGGCUUAAAGUGGGUCAACUUCCUCUUGAGGCAACAGGACAGAUAUAUCCUCACUUGCUAGCAGCUGCAGCAUAUUAUGCACCAAGCAGGGAAGGACAUGAUGAAGAAAAUGUCAGAGGUUGGGAAGUUGUUCAAGAAUGCUUGAAUAUGAUAGUAACUCAUUGUGAACUUACAAAAAGACCACAAACACUGUGGGAAUGGACACAAAGUUUGGUAACCAUGGCAAGGCAAUAUAGUGGAAAAUAUUUUUGUGAAAUUUUAACUGCAAUUGGAGAUGCUCACAGCAGAACGUUUCUAUAUGCUUUAGUGGAAGAAGGAAACGAAACACAGAAAUGGACUGUUGAAGGUUUAAUUGAAUUGCUUUUACAAUGUUCUGAACAAGAAGGAAGAUAUCCUACAAAUGAAACUCGUAGUUCUAUCCCAUUUGGAUUCUGGUAUGCCUUACAAGAUAAUCUUCCCACUCUCGACCAGCCUUAUGAAAAUCGUGCUUUGCUGAUUUUGAAACCUGUUUAUGCAAGAUUAGCACAAGCAUUAUUAAGAAAGUCGACGCUUCCUUCGUCUCUUAGUGAAGCAGGAGAUGCAGAAGAACGGGAGCUUUUCAGGUGUUAUAGACAAGACGUCGCAGAUGUUUUAGAUUAUUGUUAUAGAGUAUUAGGACAAGAUUUGUUAGUUCUUCUUGGACAAAGGCUGAGUCAAGCAUUAGACAGCUCGGAAAAGUGGACAGAGGUAGAGUCGACGUUGCACGCUUUCGAAGCUUUAGCAGAUAGCGUUGGCAUUGAAGAAUCCCAAUACAUUCCCGCUUUGAUGGACUUGGUUCUUAGUCAUAUCCCAUACGAUCUCUACCCUGGAGAGAUACUUGCAUGUGCAUGUUCAACAAUGGGAGCAUAUGCAGAAUGGAUUGGAGAACAUCCAGAUCCUUGGCUCGAAAGAGUGCUCCGAAUUGUAACUUUGGGUUUAACAAGAGGCUCAGUCACAGCACCUUUUGCUACUAUGGCUUUAAAAGAUUUAGCUCGAGAGUGUGAACAACAACUCACACCAUUUGCUCCAUCAAUUCUUAAUACCAUUGAACAAACUCUUCCAAAUGUUACUCCAGGAUGCGCAGAGGGUUUACGAAUGAUGUAUGCAGCUGGCAAAUUGCUGAAUACUUUACCCUCUGUUGAUGAACAGUUAGCUCAUUUGGAUGCUACAUUAGGCUUGUGUAUAAUAAAAAUUCGAGAAUUACUGGAACAACCUUGGUUUGUUGCUCGUGGUGCUGUAAUGAAUCAGUUAAAAAUGGCUACCAUGUUCUUCUCUACAUUAGAAGGAUCUAUUGGAAAAGCUGUAUUAGAUGGUCUAUUGCCAAUAUUUAGUCAAAUUGUUGCCCACCCAGAAUGGGGUCAAGACAAUUUUACAUUAGGAGAGAUGUAUAUGUGUGCCCAGAAGUCUCUAACAUCACUUUUACAUCCAGAAGAAGAUGCUCGCCCUCUGCUUCCUAUUUUGGCAAAUUCGUACAAGACUUGGCCUCAUCCUGCGGCUUUAAAUCUACUUCGACAACUCGUACUAUUAUUUGGACGAGAUCCAAAUAAUGUAAUUGGACCUGUUUUUGCUGAUAUAAGUUCCAUUACAUUAAGUGGUGUUAGAGCUUGUAGAUCUGUAAAUGGGAAUUUAUCCGAUUGGGCAGAAUUAAUGGAAGCAUAUCUUGGAUUAUUAGCUCAAAUUUGCAAGAAAAAUACAAGAAUGUUGUUACAAAUCCCUGAUCAAAUUCCGGAAAUGUUACAAUGUGGAAUCAAUUGUUUGACACUACCAGAAACAGGCACAGUCAAGGCAGCUGGACACUUUCUUACACAUGCUAUUAUGCAGAGUCCGCAUCUACAGACAUUUGUUCAACCAAUUGGUCAACAGUUAGUUUCUGUAAUUUUACAAUGUGUAGGUGGAGAAAUUCCGAGAAGUAACCUAGAGCCUCAUGCGGAAGUUCUAUUGACAUUGAAUAAAACGUGCAUUGAAUGGACAGCACAGUGGCUUCGUAUCGCUUUUGAGAAACAUAAUACCUUAUUUACAAUUUCGCAAGCACAAAAAGAUCUCUUCAUUAGAAAUGUGUUGCGAGAAAGAACGAACAAACGAAUGUACGACUUAUUACAAGACUUUAGCCUGCAGAAUUUGUCUUCGGCAACUAAUUGGAAUGUAAUAUCGCGUAAGCAAUAAAAGAGUGGAGAAAAGGAUAACAGAAAAUAAUUAAUCAUACAUGAUUAACGAAUAAUCCAAUUAUUAAA